AUGCACCGCUUCUUGAAGCGGUUCUCCCCCAACUUCCCAGGCAAAGGGAGCGACGACAACAUGAAGAUGAAGUCAAUUGGCGCAAACGGAAACCCGCUCUCUACCGUGCAACGCACAAAAAAGGCCACCCAGGAUGAUUUGCGGUCUCAGAAUCCUCUUCCGCAGGUCACUGCGUCAUCCGCACAACCUGUCCAAGAGCGCAUCCACGGGUUAAUAGAGCUCAUCAGCCAGCCGUCCGAUCGGAGCGAUGCCGUCGACAUCAUCGCUAUUCACGGGCUCAACGGACACCACGAAAACACAUGGACCGAUGAACAGACGGGGUUCAACUGGCUGAGCGACCCGUCUUGUCUUUCCAAGGACAUCCCAAACGCCAGAAUCCUCAGCUAUGGCUACAAUUCGAUUACCUACUUUAGUCGCAGCAAUGCUGAUAUCCGCGACUUUGCCUCAACGCUGCUCGCUGCGCUGCGAGCCAAAAGGAGGACAAGCGCCGAGCAACAGCGGCCUCUGGUCUUCAUCUUCAGGGGCCAUGAGCAAGAUAGUUUCUAUGGGCCAAUGCUCGAAAGGAUACGGGGUGUCGUAUUCAUGGCAACGCCUCAUAGGGGAUCAAACCUCGGCUAUUGGGACAGCAUCGGACCGCGACUUAUUCGAGCAGCAAGUCUUGGCUUCAAGUGUAACACGAAGCUCAUCAAGGAUCUGAAAGUGGACUCGGAGAUGCUGAAGCGCAUCUCGGACUCGUUUGCCUAUCGCGGAGCAUCUCUCAAGAUACGAAGUUUUUAUGAAACAGAACGCAUGCCGCGCCAUACUCGCUGUAUUGUAGACAAGGACUCUGCUAGGCUAGGAUGGAGCAACGAGCUUGACAUCGCAUCGCCGUCGGAUCACUCCAGUAUUUGCAAAUUCAAGUCGCGAGACGAUCCAAGAUACGAAGUGGUCAUCUCCGAAAUACUCGACAUUAUUGGCGCAGCGGAGGACGAUGUGACUCGGUCCUAA